UUCAACAGAAUGAUUCGUUCUCCAGUCUGACAUCACUGAACUGAUUGUGCUAGACACCGCUGAACAUAGCAUUGUACGUUGUUUUGACAAGUGUCUUUUUGGCUGGGACAAAGGAUUUCAACGCCACAUUGUUUUAACCGCCUCAUUUUGUGCUUUGACACUUCCUAGGGAGCACACAAAUAGUCAGUGUUGUUGGCAGCUCUCCAUCUUUAAAAAUGGUUCAGAAUUACAAACAGACAACUGGAGCCUCUUCCCCAACCAACACUGAGGAACUACUCACACCAGCACAUGAGGAAAAUGUGCGAUUCAUUCAUUACACUUGGCAGCGUGUCAUGAGAGAAAUGCAGACUUGCCAGGGAAAUGAAAACAAUAACCAGGGACCUCAGAAAUAUGUGGAGAGGACGCCAAACCCUGCACUAAACUCUUUUACACCAGUGGACUUGAAUGAUGUGAAAAGGAAAAACACACAAGACCCCAAAAAGUCUUUAUGAAACGAUUGGAUUUAUCCAGCAUACAGACUAAUACAGCAUAAAUCUCUUGCCUAGUGCACUGAUGUUAUUCAGGCCAUUUAUUUUGCCGAUUUUAAAUGAUCAAAGUUGUUCACUGACAAUGACUUUGUCCUGUAUUUAAGAACAGAUGUUGCUGCUUUAAAUAUGUUCUUAUAAUCUCCAUUGCAUUUCAUCAAAGUCCCUUUAAGGCAAGUCAUGUCACUCGGCGGCCAUCUUUGAAACGCCUCUCGGGCAUGCA